AUGAACACAGCUGCAGGCAACGUGUGCGAGCCCGCUCUGUCUGAAAAUGGGGAAGACUGUUUCAGCUCGCUGUCUGACGAGGUCGGUUUGACAUGGUCUUGCCAUCCAAACCCUUGUCACAAUGGAGGAGUUUGUGAGACCAAUGAGAAGCAGAGGGGAGACUCCUUUGGUGGAUAUCUGUGCAAAUGUCCACCUGGCUUCAACGGACUCCAUUGCCAGCACAAUAUAAAUGAGUGUGCAGAAAACCCUUGCAGAAAUGGAGGCAUCUGCACAGAUUUGGAGGCCAACUACACCUGUGCAUGUGCUGGAAAAUUCAUGGGCAAGAACUGUCAAUACAAAUGCUCUGGACCUUUGGGGAUGGAGGGCGGUAUCAUCUCAAACCAGCAGAUAACAGCCUCGUCUACCCAACGAGCCGUGCUUGGCACGCAGAAGUGGUACCCUUACUUUGCCCGCCUCAACAGGAAGGGCCUAGUCAACGCCUGGAGUGCUGCUGAGAACGACCGCUGGCCGUGGAUUCAGGUCAAUCUGCUGCGGAGGAUGAGGCUCACAGGUGUGAUCACACAAGGGGCCAAGAGGAUGGGCAAGCCGGAGUAUGUCAAGUCCUACAGAGUGGCUUACAGUCAGGACGGAGAGAGGUGGAGCAUGUACAUUGACAGGGGAACGCGUCAGGACAUGGAAUUCUUAGCAAACGUCGAUAAUAACACUCCUUCUGCCAACUCCUUCACACCACCAAUUGAAGCCCAAUUUAUCCGCAUUUACCCACAAGUCUGCAGGGGACAUUGCACGCUUCGCAUGGAGCUGCUGGGCUGCGAACUCACAGGAUGUUCUGAGCCAAUGGGGAUGAAGACAGGACACAUCCAAGAUUUCCAGAUCAGCUCGUCCAGUAGCUUACAGACGCUGAACAUGGACGCGUUCUCCUGGGCCCCAGGGAAGGCCCGCCUGGACAAACCGGGCAAGGUUAACGCCUGGGCAUCUGCAGCAACUGACCAGUCACAAUGGCUACAAGUGGACAUGCUGCUCCCCACCAAAGUGACCGGCAUCAUCACCCAGGGCUCCAAGUAUUUUGGCCGCGUGCAGUUUGUUGGCUCCUACAAGUUGGCCUUCAGCAGUGACGGAGAGAGAUGGAUAGUAUACCAGGACGAGUCGCAACAAAAGGACAAGAUUUUCCAAGGUAACUUUGACAAUGAAACACACAGAAAGAAUGCGAUAGACCCGCCCAUCUAUGCCAGGUUCAUCAGGAUUAUUCCGUGGUCAUGGUACGGUCGGAUUGCACUACGGACGGAACUGCUUGGUUGCACAGAGGAAGAAGAGUAGUGAGCUGGCUGCUUUCCUUCUUCACCCAGAGACUGUAAAAUAACCCUUGUAAACAUGGUUCUUCUGUGGUUGUCUAUUGAGACAUAACGUUUCAGAUGUGAUCUCUUGUUUGUUCUUUUCUUAUGUAAUUUAAUUAGAGCGCACGCUCCAGGUUUUCUAUGGAUGCUUUUGAAAGUCUUUGAUGGUGUGAGACUUGUCUGUUGAGUGAUUCACUUUUACUGAUACAAUCACAGUUGUAUUCACAAGGAUGUCAUUUCUUUGUGAGGUCUUUUUGUCUCUUGUUGUCAACUAAUUCAUCGUUAAAGGAAAGCGUUGUCAGGCAGUGAUGGUGUGACACUAUCUUACUGUGUCACACACUAAUAAAUGGAAAUGCUACGCUUAAGUUUGAAAACAUGCAGUAUAUCAUUAGUUGUUAUCAGUAUUUUGUAUACUGUUUUCUGGAGCUUAUAGAUUAAUUGGUUAAUUAUCCAUAUUUAGUUUUAAUAUGCAAUCUUGAACUAUUCAUGGGUUUCAUCAGGUC